CACACACACACACACAGAGGACUGAAGUGCGUCUGCUCAGAGCCCCAAAGGAAGAGGGAAGCAGUGAGCAGCUGGAGUUUCUCUACGGCUCCUACAGCUCACCAAUGGCUCAGUCGGCGGGCAGCAUGGACUCUGAUCUGGCCAGCAAGCGGCCCCACUCGAGGAUGGAGGCAUCUUGCUUGGAGUUGGCGCUGGAGGGGGAAAGACUGUGUAAAGCAGGAGAUUUUAAAGGCGGUACAGCGUUCUUUGAAGCUGCUGUUCAGGUGGGAACAGAAGAUCUCAAGACCCUCAGUGCCAUUUACAGUCAGCUGGGCAACGCUUACUUCUACCUGAAGGAGUACGGCAAAGCCCUGGAGUACCAUCGGCAUGACCUUACGCUCGCUCGGACGAUCGGAGACCGGAUUGGGGAAGGGAAAGCCAGCGGAAAUCUGGGAAACACUCUGAAGGUUUUGGGCCGCUAUGAUGAAGCAGCUGUGUGCUGUCAGAGGCACCUGGACAUUUCUCAAGAACAAGGAGAUAAGGUCGGCGAGGCCAGGGCUCUGUAUAACAUGGGGAACGUGUUUCACGCCAAAGGGAAGCAGCAGCUCUGGGGCAUCUCACAGGAUCCCGGAGAGCUUCCUCCUGAUGUCAGAGACACGCUGCAGCGAGCCACGGCCUUCUACGAGAUGAAUCUGUCUCUGGUUAAGGAGUUGGGAGACCGAGCCGCACAGGGAAGAGCCUUCGGUAACCUUGGCAACACUCAUUACCUGCUGGGUAAUUUUGUCGAGGCCAUCAAGUUCCAUAGAGAGCGUCUCUCCAUUGCAAAGGAAUUUGGCGACAAGGCCGCCGAGCGCAGAGCAUACAGUAACCUAGGCAACGCUCUCAUUUUCUUGGGCCAGUUCAAUGCAGCCACAGAGUAUUACAGGAAAACUCUGCAGCUCUCUCGGCAGCUGAAGGAUCAGGUGAUGGAAGCUCAGGCAUGUUACAGUCUGGGAAACACAUACACUCUGCUGCAGGAGUAUGAACGUGCCAUAGAUUAUCACCUCAAACACCUGCUCAUCGCUCAGGAGCUUAACGACAGGGUCGGGGAGGGCCGGGCCUGCUGGAGUCUGGGUAACGCUUACGUGUCAUUGGGAAAGCACCGUCAGGCUCUGCAUCACACCCGGAAACACCUGGAAAUCUCCAGAGAGAUCGGAGACCGGAACGGAGAGCUGACGGCCAGGAUGAAUGUGGAGGAGCUGAUGGAGGUCCUAGGGGUGAAGGAGGCGGAUCUCUCUCCGUCUGAAUCUGAGUUUAAAGUGCAGGGAGCCAGACCCAAGUUCAUCAAGAAAGCCAGCAUGGAGAGUGUGGACCUGUGGAAAUACAGCUCUGAACAGAAUGGAGAUGCUCCGGAUGUUGAUGGUAUUUCGAGGAGGUCAAGGAACCAGCUGUAUCAGUCUAGCAGAAGCAAAAGUUACGCAGACAGUCAGUCAUCAGAUGAGAGACAUUGGCUCGACUCACCUGUGGACACUGAUGACAUCACUGUUCAUGUCACACCUCCAAAACUGGCUCGUGACGCGUCAGACGAGGACUGCUUCUUUGACCUGUUGAGUAAGUUUCAGAGCAGCCGUAUGGAUGACCAGCGCUGUCAGCUGGACGAGCCGCCCAAUGGAGAGAAUGCUGGAGGAGUGGAUCCAAACACACUCAAUGACAUGAUUGAUGCCAGUCUGCUGACGUCUCCCCAAACGGAAGAGCUCUUCGAUUUGAUCGCCAGCUCUCAGAGCCGCCGUCUGGACGAUCAGAGGGUGAGCGUCAGUAACCUGCCCGGACUCAGAAUCACCCACAAUAACCUGGGCCACCUGUGUGGAGAGAGCGACCCGCAGGAGCCCAGCGACGACUUCUUCAACAUGCUCAUCAAAUGCCAGUCGUCCAGGAUAGAUGACCAGCGCUGCUCUCCUCCUGAAGGGGGUCCGCGGGCGCCAACCGUCCCAGAUGAGGAUUUCUUCAGCCUAAUCCAGAGAGUUCAGGCCAAGCGAAUGGACGAGCAGCGUGUGCAGCUCCCGUCUGACGAACAGGAGCCGGAUGAGGACGAGAGAGAGCCAGGGGCCGCAGACUCCUGAGAAAACCCGGGGCCAAAUAACACAUGCAACGAGGACCGAAUGAGAAAGGACAUUUGAUGGGGAGUAUUUUAGAUUGACUCUUUCAUGAGAUGAAGAAAUGUGCACAAAGAGACGCAAGUGAAACAUGAAAACACAAGUGCCAUCUCAGUAUACGGUGCAGAUUUAUGCCUCCUGUGCUUUACAGCCAAUGAUCCAUGACGUUUAAUAGAGAUUAUACUGACUGGAGGAACAGAUACUUGGGACGCAACUCUCUGGGCGAACUCACAUUUGCAAACACUGCCUGCACUGUUUCAGCACCUGAUUAACAAAAUAAAUGUAACAAAUCAUGUGCAAACACUGUAAAAAGUAGUUUGGUCUUCUGUUUUUUUAGCAAAAUAUCUAAACAGCAGGAGAGCUGAUGUACUUUACAGAGACCGUACAGCAUCCAGAUGCCCUUUUUAAAAUGCCCAAAAUGUCUGGAUCUGAAAGUACAGCCAGUUAAAACCAACUUCUCCAUUUGAUCAUUUAUGCAUUUAGCAGACACUUCAUAAACAGAGUGACUUAUGGUACAACAAAGGAAAAAAAGCAAGAGACUUCACAUUAUCUACAUAUUAAAGGGAUAGUUCACCCAGAAAGGAAAAUUUGCUGUUGUUUUACUCAUUCU